CUUGGAGAUCUCUUUGUCUCUCCAGAACACAGAAACUACGGUGUCGGCGAGGCCUUCUUUGGGGAGAUUGCCAAGCUGACUGAAGAGAAGUUAGACGAGGCAAGGGUGCAGUCAUACGGUUGGAAGCAGCCAUCCGUCGGCUUCUAUGUGAAAGGGCUCGGCGCAUUCACUCUGGCUGAAUGA